UCGUAAGAAUUGCGCAUGCGCGGAAGGGGGGCGGAGUCGCUGGCUGAGAGUGAUAGACUCGUCUCGUUUCCUAUGCUCUAAUAAGGCACUAGCAUGUUAGCAUGCCCUCUGAUUUUAUAUCUCUCCUGAGCGCCGAUAUCGACCCCAGUUCUCCUAAAUCACUCUAUUCCAAAGAGUCAGUGUAUGACCUACUCCCUAAAGAGCUACAGUUGCCCCCGGCCGAACAGCAGGACAAACCCACCAUGAGCCAGAAGAGCGGUGGAGAGGCUGGACCUCCUUCUCCAGCUGCUCUGGCCUCAGAUGCUGCCGCCACUUGCGCCGCCGCCUCCUCUGGAGGCCUCAGCAGUACAGUUCCUUCCUGUCCCAGCAUGCUCUCUGCUACCUUAUCCCAAGAGCAGACCUCCAGGCCCCACAGUGGUCCUGCCUCAGAAGGAAUGGGAGUGGAGCCUGGUUCAGCAGGUAAAAUCAGUGGGAUAGCUGUGGGUGAUGCUGUCGGAACCACACAGAGCCAGGCGACCCCAUCGAAGCGCCGGACCGUCCUGAGCAUUUCACCGCCUCCGGAAGAUUUGCUGGAUGACAGUCGCAUGUCCUGCCAGGAUGAGCCGCCUCCAAACCUGGACUCGGAGCAAAGCAGCAGCAUCUGGAUGGAUGACUCCGUCUCGAACUUUAGUAUAGCCAGCAGCACUUCAUACAACGACAACACUGAAGUACCCCGAAAAUCUCGAAAGAGAACUCCACGUCAGCGCCCUGGACCGAAACCUGCCGCCCGAGAUGAAGCUGGCAUGGAUGUGUUUGAUGCAGACAGUGCAAAAGCACCACACUUUGUUCUUUCACAACUGGGAUCAGAUGCCAAAGUCACACCCAAAGUGAGCUCCUUGGAAGUGUCAAACAAUCAAAAGGGUGGUGUUCUUUCCAUUCAGUAUCCACCGAAGAGUGAAGGUAAGGAGCUGAAGAUUUUGGUUCAGCCAGAGACUCAGCACAGGGCACGAUACCUCACCGAAGGCAGUAGAGGGUCCGUCAAAGACCGUACGCAACAAGGAUUCCCAACGGUUAAAUUAGAGGGAGUCAAUGAACCAGUGGUGCUCCAAGUGUUUGUGGCUAAUGACGCUGGACGAGUGAAGCCUCAUGGUUUUUAUCAAGCCUGCAGAGUGACUGGGCGCAACACAACGGCCUGUAUGGAGGUGGACAUUGAAGGGACCACAGUCAUUGAAGUAAACCUUGAGCCAACCAACACUAUGACUCUUGCUGUGGACUGUGUUGGAAUCUUAAAGCUUAGGAAUGCUGAUGUUGAAGCUCGAAUAGGUGUGGCCGGCUCAAAAAAGAAGAGCACUCGUGCUCGUUUGGCCUUUAGAGUCAAUAUCCCAAGACCUGAUGGAUCUGUCCUAACCCUUCAAACACUCUCCUCACCCAUUCUAUGUACUCAGCCUGCUGGAGUGCCUGAAAUCCUUAAAAAGAGUCUUCACAGUUGCUCCGUCGCAGGAGGAGAGGAGGUCUUUAUAAUUGGCAAAAACUUUCUGAAAGGAACCCAAGUGAUUUUUCAGGAAAAUUCUGCAGAUGAGAAUGGUUGGCAGGCUGAAGCAGAGAUUGACAUGGAACUUUUUCAUCAGAAUCAUCUAGUAGUGAAAGUUCCUCCAUAUCAUGACCAAACAGUGACCUUCCCAGUGUCUGUUGGGAUUGCUGUCGUGACAAAUGCUGGGAGAACAAAUGAUAUUCAACCUUUUACUUACACACCUUUAACAGAGAACACUGAUAUUCCAGUAAAGUCAGAAUUAUCAGCCACAGUCAAGGCUUGCACUUUUGAAGAGCAGAUAAAAGCAAUGCAAACCGAGACCAGUUGUCUAAACAAUGUACUAAUGUUGCCUAUCGUCAAACGAGAGGAACCUAUGGAAGUCUCUUGCAAUGCAACACCUUCUGACAUUUUCAAGCCUGUAGAGAACAUUAGUUCCACCCAACAAAUUUUGGAGAUAAGUACUGUCCUUCCUUCUGCCAGUAAGUCUUUUCCAAGCCCUGUGCCUCUCCAACCAGUUGAAUCACAACAACCACCGGCUCAAAUUUUUACCACUCAAGAGACCCUGUCCACUAUUCAGAAGCAGGAUAUUUCUUCACCUGCACCGUUCCAAGUGUCCUUGUCAGAAGACACAACAGUUCUUCAGCCUGUUCCCCCUCAGGUACCUCAACAGUUCCUAAGGGAAACACCGGAGACCUUGUCUCCAGAAGAAAACAGUGUUGAUGGAAGUGGAAUGGUAUUGGUUGGCAUGGAGUCUAGGUCUCCACCAUCACAGCGACAACAAGUUCAAACACUUUUGCCUCAGGAUGGCGUUACACAGCUGGAGAGAGCAGUGAGAGAACUACAGGCACAACAACAGCUAAAUUCUGUGCUUUACAACCCAGCCCCAUCUGCGGAGAGCCUUCAGCAACAUGUCCAGGAAAAUAUGAACAGUUUAAGGCUAGGUGGAAAUGAGAGUACCCUGACCAACCAACAACAGCAGCAGCAAGAGCAGAAUAUUUUGGAGAAUCUGCAACAACAGCAACAGAAGGCACUUGUGGACCUACAACAUCAACAAACCGUCCUUGAAAAUUUGCAGCAGCAUCAGAAAGUAUUGGAAAAUCUCCAGCAACAUGCUCUUGGCAACGUGCAGCAGCAGCAGCAAACACAAAAGGUUUUGGAGAAUUUGCAUCAUCAACAACAUCAUCACCAGACAGUUCUUGAGAACAUUCAUCAACAAAGUUCAAUAGUGACUCUGCAGCAUCAAAAAGUUCUAGAUAAUCUCCAACAACAGCAACAGCACCAGAAGAAUUUAGAAAAUCUUCAGCAUCAGGAAGUGUUAGAGAGCCUAAAGCAGCAACUCCAGUCAGAGCUCUUGCAGACACAGGUUCCCAUGCAAUGUGCACCCAGCUUCUCUAAUGAUCAGCAAAGCUCCAUGCAGACAAGCAAUCUGUCACAGUCCUCAGAAGGCUUCCUUCAGAACCCAUCCCAGGAGCAGAUCCAGCAGCAGGCUGCAAUUUUCCAACAGACAGGAGGUCUUAUGACCAUUCAGACAUCCAGCUUUUUGCAGCAGCCAUCUUCCCAAGCUUCACCUCCACAGCAGCUUUUUCAGAGCCCCUUGACUGAAACACAAGACUCGCAGACAGUGCUCUUUGGAACCACAAAGUCACCACAGGUCCAGGCAACCUUAUUUUCUGGCACCAUGACAAUGCUUACAGGCACCAAUCUAUCCUCCGAACAGCAGGCUCCCCCUACAAGUCUAUUUAUUGCACAAAGUGUGUUGCCCAGCCAACUACCAUCAGAUAAUAACCAGAGCCAGCAGCCACAACAGAUAACUUUCCUCACACCCAUGCAGACCUCUGGAACAGAAGCCCAGACUGUCUCACUUUUUCAAGGCCAACCCCAGUUGUCCACUCCAAUGGAACAACAGUCUCCCCAGCAACAACAGAUGGCAACACCCCAACAAGCUUCGCUUUUCCCAAAUAUUGCCACAAUGUCCUCAAAUCAAGCACAACAACAAACACAGACUGGAAUAUUGUUUUGUACAACAGCCCUGAACCCCCAUGACCUGCCCCAGGCUCUCAUAUUCAGUAGUCCGAACCAAGGGUCAGUAGUUAGUGACCGCCUCCCAGAGAAUAUCUUUCAGGAGCAACAACCCAUGCAAGUUGUGCCUAGCUCUGAAAAUCUUACUGUGAACAACUCCUCAAACCAACCCACUGCAUCCGCAGCCCAGCCUCAAAAUCCAACAAUCAUUUUCCCACCAUCUGCUGUGGUAAGCGUAGCCCAACAAGACUCUUUAGAGCCCAUGUCUUUUCAAGAUCAAAGCUCUGUGAGUGAUUCAUCUGUCAGUAUGCCUUCAAUGCAGACAGAGUUGUUUCAGGACCAACAACCUAUGCAGGUUGUUCCCAGUGCCACCAGCGUAACACCCGUCUCCCCUACGGACCAACCUUCCGUCAACAUUUUUUUGCCUCAGUCAGCCAUUUCAGCCCUACAAGGUGGAGUAGGUGCUCAGGAGUUGCCUCCAACUGGCACGGCAGCCACCAUGUUUAGUGGACAGAGUGGCGUGUCAGUGGGCAGUCUCCAGAACACCACACCAACUGCCACUCAGCAACCUCCUGACCAACUCUUUCAGACAAGUAUUGGGGGAACUCUCAGCCAGCCUGGACAACCAGGACAAGCGGGCCUGUUUCUCUUUGAGAUUCCCAGUGAAUGUGGUCAGCUAUUAAAUUCUCCUGGUCCGGCAUUGUCAGAACAGCUUGUCACCAUGGGGCAUCCUGUUUUGGAUCAAAAUCAGAGCCAACUUCAGACCAGUGCACAGAUUCAAACCUUAUUGGACCAGUCCAACAACCUCGACGAUAAGAUAGAUGAACUGUUGGAACAUUUUCAGGAGCAAGAAAAGACUCUCCCUCGGGAUUUUUUGGACCACUGAAGAUAAGUAGUUUGAAACCUCUCUCCAGUAGUCUACCGUCCACACUGCUUGUCAAUGUUUCUUUGCGUAUUUAUAGUCUAAACUUACACUUGUUCAAAUUGGGGGUCUUCCCUUGUAUAUGUUUUGUGGUGUUGGAUCUCAUCACAGCGUCUUUUCUUGAUGGACAUUUUUAGGGUCCAAUUUAUUCAGGCCAAUGUUUGGCAUUUUAACAUAUCAUGUGACCCAUUAAGUCAUUAAGUAUAUUGGCACUUUGCUACUUUGUAUUGUGUUCUUGACUUCCACUUGAAUCUUAUCCAUUUACUAACGCCAUUAAUCUGUAUUUAGAAACUGAAAAUCGAUUACGACUCCGAAACUCUCUGUUUGCCAUUAAGAUCAUAACCAAUACAUUGUGAAUGAAACAUUUUAGCACUUUAGGGAGUUUCUACUCUCUUUUAGCUUUGUAACUCAUAUGUGUCUACUUGGUUGUCAUAGCUUUUUAUGUUUUACUACUUUUUAUGCAUUUCAUAAAAUUCGUUUUGUGUUUCAUUUACUCUUCAGUGUCUGUUAGGAGAGUAUAGCUUAUUUUAUAAGCCAUGUUUUUGAUUAUUUGCAUACAUGGCCUGCAAAUCUCACAUUGUAACAAUGCCCAAUGUACACUCCUCGUUUUAUUUCAUCUUAUUUAAAUGAACAAGAGGUCCAACUUUUAAACAUGAAUUCCUACCAGGGUUGUGUAAGUGUGCAAAAUUAAUAUAUGUGAACAUGAAAUUGUUUUAUGACCUUAUACGCUAUCUAUGAUUCGUUUCUUGCGUGCUCAUCUGAAGGAAAUGGAGCACAUGUUUGUACUAUAUACGAUGCAGCUACAUUCUUGAUUUUGAAUCAUGUAUGAUUUAUGGAGAUUAAGCACAAACAUGGGAAUAUGGUUUUCCCAUCAGUACUUUUAAUGGUUAGGUCACCCCCCCCCCAAAAAAAAAAAUACGGUCAGCAUUUACUCACGUUCAUGUCGUUUCAAACCCAUGUGACUUAUUUUUCUCUAUGGAGCAUCAAUAAGAUCAAUGUGAAAAAUAAUGACGGUAAGUAAAUGGUUACGGUUUAAUAUUUUCCCAUUAAAAAAGUACAUAUUCUUUUGUAGUAGUUUUUGGGCAACUUAAAAUAACAGUUACAUAAGUAUUACCCUCAAGGUUUAUGUAGGGAGUUACAAUAGAUCCCAUCUGUGUUCAUAAAGAAGCACCCCUCAUUGGACAAGCAGAUUUUGCCAUUACUACUUUACCGAUCUAUAGAAAUCACAAUACACACAAUAAAAUUUGAUAUAUCUGCCUAUGUUGUUUAACUAUUUGGAUAAAAAAAUCUGAUCAGGCUAAAUCCAGACAAUUUUGAAGAUGAAGCUUUAUAUACAUCACUGCAGGACAAUCUCGAGUUUCAAAAAUGAAAUUUGGGCAGAUUCACCAGUGUUAUGUGUCCUAACUGGAAAAUUUCUUUACAUGUAGUGUACUCUGCUAAAUGAAAUCAUACAGGGUUUAAUAUCUCACAUUGACAGAAUAUGUUGUUUACAUUGCAUUUGUUUCAAUGGUUAAUAUUAUUGUUUAUUAUGAUGACAUUUUAGGCCAUGGCGAUUUAUCUUUUUUUAAAACAUUUUCUAAUGUCAACUUUACUAAAGAGACCUUUUUGUGGUAAAAAAAACCCUGCAAUAUUAAAUCAUGUAUUUCACAAUUGAAUCAUUCAUAAACACAUGCAGUGUUUUUAAUACAUUUUUAGGACUUUACAUCCAGUAUACUCAUUUUAAAAAGCAGCUUUUGCAUUAAUAUUAUCAUGCAAAUAGAAGUUGUAUUUAAUGUCUUCAUAAACAUUGUAACAUGUAUGUCAGUUAUUUUUACCUUUUCUUGCCUUUCUAUUAUUAUUAUUUUAUAGAAUAUGCUUGAUGUAAAAUCGGCAUAAAAAUUGUAAAUAGUAAACCGGCCGUUUUAAGUGUGCUGUUCCUUUGUGAGGUAGCAGUUUGUUAAAUGCGUGCUCUCUUUGUAGUAAAACAUAAUUUCUCACCUGCAAGUGAGGCGUACGUACAGUAUUUUUGUAAGCCUGGAAAUGUACUAUGUACAUUUUAAACAUUUUAAAAGUCAACUUUGUCCCUUCUGCAGUACUGUACUUCAUGUGGCAGUAUCCAGAACCGUGAAAAUGAUGGUUUUUGUUCCCAUCACUGUGUUACAAAAUGGUAAUUGAUGUAUUUGGUUGGUGAAAUUUAUGCAUUAUAAAAAAAGAGUGGCUAUGGGUGUGUGUACUGUGUGAGUCAAUAUUUUAGGUCAUGUUCAUUCAAAAUCAACAUUUUAAGGAGUUAUAUUCUGCAUAUGGACUUUUUGCAUUGUGACAUUUUUAUGAUUUACCCUUCCCUCUUUCUAAUUCUCAAUAGUCUAAUACAAUAAAAGUUCUUCUCAUUGUUGCAAUUCAUAAAAAAUGUGUAAAUAUGGUUGUCUUUGUUGCAUUAAAUUUAUGCUAAUUUAAAUUUUAGUUUUACAUUACAAUAAUGAUAAUUUGCUGGAAAAAUGUGCUUAACUGUCAUAAAAAUGUCAGAAUGCAUAAAUAAAAUAUAGGUUAAGUUCUCUUUUUUGCAAAAUCUGGAUUUCAUUUGAAAAUACGAGUCUGUGACUGUGUGUUAUACCUCAUGGUGAAGGCCAUAUAGAUCACACUCAUCUCACCUAUGGACCAACUAAAAAAAGUUUUUUUUCCAAAACAAGGCAGCAAAAUCAACAUCUCUGUGAUUAAAACAAUUAUCUGUCCAUUCUAUUUCAUCUUGUGUCAUACUGUAAUGUACCAUGAACAAACGACAACACAUUUCUUCACAGAUUUAUCAUUUUAAAAAGUUGAAUUAUUUUUAUUUUAAUUGAAAGUACUUUGUGCCUUUGCAAGCCUUUCCACUUACUUCUUAAAGACCUUUGUAUAUAAUAAUACUUAGAUGUUGGGUUUAGUUUAAAUUAAUCCGGAAGUAAAAAAAAACUUUUUUAUUGACAUUUCUCUGGUCAAAAUAUCACUAAUGAAGUUCAGUGUAGUUUAGAAUACAUCUGACCAUUUAUAUCACAAAACUGCUAUGCAUCCUCAAAUCUCUUUUAUUUAAAAAUGUUUUGUCAUUUUCAUCCACUGGUGGUUAUUGCCUCUUGAAAUCUGUGUAAUCAAGGCAUGAGGUAAACGAAGGGUAUACAUCUCAAAGAAAGCUGAUAAUCUGUUUGUUUGGGCAGCAGGUCAAUGUUAUGGUACUUUUUUAGCAAACGGUAAAUGAAAACAAGGUUUGGAAGAGCGCUUACCUUUAUCACCAGCAGUUAUUUGUGCUCUUAUUUAUGUGUGUUUGUUUUUGUAAGAGGUGUAUUUUAAAUGCACUCAGUUUUGAUUUUUGUUUGCUUUUGUUUGACGUGGUUAAUGUUCUUUGCUUUUAAAGUGUUUGUAGGGUUAACAGUUCACUCAUGAGUUUGUCAGAAUGAGAUUCAGUAUCGUGAAGAAACGUGAACUAAUGACAUUUGACGUAAAACAAACAUGUAUUUUGCUUUAAUCAGUACAUUUGUAUACUCCUGCAGUUAUAUUUCUGUUAAAAUGUGCUGCUAAAUGAAUAAAGCUAGAUAUGAAGUUC